CGUCCUCGUUGUCUAUCGUCUCCCCUGUUCGCUCCAUCUUCUAAACCUAAAAAAACAACCGACAGAUCUUCUUUCCAUUCUACGAUUCAGCAGGCAGGGAAGGUAAGGUUCAAUCAGCAGGUAAGCUUCGAUUAGCCACCAUUUCUUCUCUAUUACGAUUAGCCACCAUUUCUUCUCUAUCACAUUUGAAUUGUUUUUUCGGAACGCCAUUUGAAUUGGAUCGGACGAACCAAAACGAAAAUCGUGCCAUGACCAGCGAUUUACGUGACAUUGGUUUCUUCAUUAAUUGAAGUUAUAAGAAUUUUAAGUGGAAGGAGGUUUAUCAGUUUCAUUUGUUGAUGAAAUGUUAAAUAUUAACUGUUCUGAUUGAUGAUAUUUGAUAUUGAUUUAAUAGUUUGAUAUAUAUGAUAUUGUCUCUGCAAAUAGCUAGAUAGCCUUGUAUAGUUUUAUUAACGAUGGACCAAAUCUACGGCUCCCAAAGAGGGCACGAAAGCAAUUUUAUGGACAUGUUUUGACAGGGCAGAAAGUAACCACAAACCUCAUCCUCUGAUCGGAAACAACCUCCACAAUGGAGGAAUCAUCGGGGAAGACAACGAAGAAGCAUCCAUGGUUUUGGAGUUCCGCUGUAGCUUCGAUAGUGCUAAGACUAGUACUCAUAGUCUACUUCCCAAACACUCUCAACUUCUCCUCUCGCCCCGAAGUCUCCACCCCCAUCACAAGCCUUCGUCGCCUGGCGGAAGGUUAUUGGUUAAAGCAAUCUUCGAUGUCGCCGUAUGCUGGCUCAAUGUACCAUGGAUCUCCUCUUCUAUUAUCGAUCCUUGGGCCUCUCACUGGUGAUAGAGGUGAAGGACAAAGCCAUCUUUUAUGCGGAUUUCAUCACUGCAAUUCUUAUUCGUGCGAUUGGCCAGCUUCUCCAAGUGGCGGAUAUCCAGAGUUUGAAAUCAUUAGGAGCUAGUAAAUUUUCAAAAACAUCAGAAAAUUUUCCCGCUGGUGAUAUAGCCGCUCUUGUGUACCUAUGGAAUCCUUUGACCAUCAUCACGUGUUUGGGGUAUUCAACAUCACCGAUCGAAAAUCUGAUGAUUGUUUUGUCUCUAUACGGCGCAUGUAGGAGACUAGUUCCUCUUGCUGCUUUUGGAUUGGUGAUGGCAUCUCAUUUGUCCCUCUAUCCCGUUAUUCUAAUCAUACCAUUAGUUCUGUUAAUAGGUUCUGGUCUAGAUACACCGCCAAGAAAACUGUUUCUGCAACCAAAUCAUGGCGAUGGUUACAAGAAAACUAAUUUUUCAUGGAGACGAGUUGUUUUGUUCUUUUUGUGGGCUUCUGUAUGGGCACUCUAUGUUCUAGUUCUGUGCAGUAUUUCUCUAAAAGAGUACAGUGGCCUCGGAGAAAUGUUUAAAAGAACGUAUGGGUUUAUUCUCAGCGUAGAAGAUUUAUCUCCAAACAUUGGUGUCUUGUGGUACUUCUUUGCAGAGGUAUUUGAUUUUUUUAGAGAUUUCUUCCUGAUAGUAUUCCAUAUAAACAUUCUUUUCAUGGUGUUACCACUUGCUAUACGGUUACAUCAUCGACCUUGCUUUUUAGCAUUUGUCUACAUUGCAAUCUCUUCUAUUCUCAAGUCCUACCCUUCGGUUGGCGAUUCCGCUCUUUACUUGGGCUUACUGGGCCUGUUUGUCAAUGCAUUAGCCGAUAUGCAAUUCUCGUUUUUCCUUUUCUCUGGGUAUUUGGGGACGUUACUUCUUAGCCCUGUGAUGCACAACCUGUGGAUAUGGCGGGGAACAGGAAAUGCGAACUUUUACUUUGCUACUGCAAUGGCUUAUGCUUGCUUUCAGAUUAUCUUAGUUGUGGAGAGUGUAAGUUCGAUGCUUAACCAUGAUAGAGCUCUAAAGAAAGGUGCUACACCGGUUGCAAAAAAGAUACAAUAGUAGAACAGGCUAUGCAUGAUUAAACGAAAUCCCAGGAAGCUUGUUUUCAAGAGGCAAUCUGCACUUGUGACCAGGCUUUUUUUAAAUUGUUUUUCUUUUGGGACAUACGAAUAGUCGAAUACGCAGCAGAUGAGUUAAAUGGUUUCAUCACAGCUCGGUUCAAUCACGUUUUUCUGCAGUAUGGCAUGUAAUGUUGUUUUCAUCUUUAAUAUUAGGUUCACACAUAAAGUAUAUACCCAAACUUCAUUAGCUAAGGCUUGUCGGAUUGAUUAGUUA